AAGAGGUCGCUGAGCAUAGUACGGAUUCACAAAAUGAAUCAUCUCGUGAACUGGACCAUGACUUACCACUCCAAUUCGGAUAUUAUGGCUUUCUACGGUUACUUUCGGUCGCUGGAUUCCUUUGAGCAGCCUCUGCGUCCGAAUUUCAUCGAGAACCACCCGACGGCCCUAUCGCAGUACCUCCGCGCCAUGGCCGAGGGCAUAACCUUGGAAGACCUGAUGGGGGCUUCCUGGAGAAGCGUCGUGGAGAAGCCUCAGCUCGUGGCUUGGUUGUCCAGCCACUGCGGGACCCUGUCGAAGCGGGAGGACUACGUGCAGGAGCUCUCCAACUACGUGUCGGUGGGCAAGUAUGGCAGCUGCGGGCAGAGGUGUGGCCGGGAUUGCUGGCCGAACAUCAUCGGAAACUACACGUUCUACCUGUCCCUCGAGAACAGCUGGUGCGACGAUUACGUGACGGAGAAGCUGUAUAUGCCCCUCGCCUUGUACAUGGUCCCGGUGGUUUGGGGAGCUGCUAACUACAGCAGGAUCCUACCCCCCAACUCGUACAUCGACGCGCGAGAGUAUCACCCGAAGGAGUUGGCUCAGCUGAUGAUCCGACUCAGAGCGAUCCCGUGGCGCUGGGCAGAUACCACUUGUGGAGAGGGUUCUGGGAGGUCCGAGUUGGAGGCAACUUCUGCGAGCUGUGUCAGCGCCUCCACACCGACGGCGAGACCAAGCACCAAGCGGACGUUCCGGCUUGGCGCGGAAGGAACGGGCGCUGUCAGGUCGUCCGAGAAUAUGUUUGCGCCGGGAGUGACUGCCUGGCGAAAAUUCAUUAAGAGUGAACUUGCCCGAGUACACAGUGUUUUGGAAUAUGGUAUCCAUGAUGGCUUUUGA